GAGGACAUCGAGGACGAUCAAUGGGAUACCUCGAUGGUAGCCGAGUAUGGCGACGAGAUCUUUGAGUACAUGCGCACUCUCGAGGAACGUAUGCGCCCGAAUGCACACUACAUGGAUUACCAGAACGAAUGCCAAUGGUCCAUGCGCGCCGUCCUGAUGGACUGGUUGAUCCAGGUUCACACACGCUUCACCCUCCUGCCCGAGACUCUCUUUCUGGCAGUCAACUACAUCGAUCGCUUCCUUUCCUGCAAGGUCAUCUCGCUCGGAAAACUGCAGCUCGUCGGUGCCACUGCCAUCUUCCUUGCUGCAAAGUACGAGGAAGUCAACUGUCCUUCGGUCCAAGAGGUUGUCUACAUGGUCGACGGCGGUUACAAUCAGGAGGAAAUCCUCAAGGCCGAGCGUUACAUGCUCAGCAUGCUCUCAUUCGAGCUUGGUUGGCCAGGUCCCAUGAGCUUCCUACGCCGCAUCAGCAAGGCAGACGACUAUGAUCUCGAGACCAGAACCUUGGCAAAGUACUUUCUGGAAAUUACCAUCAUGGACGAGCGAUUCGUCGGCUGCACUCCCAGCUUCCUGGCUGCAGGAGCCCACUGUUUGGCCCGCCUCAUGUUGCGCAAAGGUGACUGGACACAGGCGCAUGUCUACUACUCUAACUACACCUACGCACAGAUUCGUCAGCUCCUGGCAAUCAUGGUCGAGUGUUGCGAGGCUCCCGACAGUCAUCACAAUGCCGUCUUCCACAAGUACCAGGAUCGUCGCUUCAAGCGUGCUUCUCUCUUCGUCCAGACCGAGAUGAAGAAGGGCUUCAAGCUUCCUGUGUACAAGCAUGCCGGCUCUACAGGCUACAAAGGCUGGUGA